UCAGCGACACAGGGUUACGAUUCUUCUAUGAUGAAUGGACUUCUCAUUCUCCCUUCGUACGCGGACUACUUUCGAGUCAGCGAGGGUGUCAAAUCACUUGACGUCUCUAUCGUCUUUGCCGGGUGCGUAGUUGCCACUCCAUUUGCCGGCUGGAUUUCCGACAAGUACGGUCGCAAAAAAGCCAUGGCCAUAACUGCACUGCUCGCCAUCUUUGGAGCAGCGAUUCAAUCUGCUGCCGUUCAUUUCGCCAUGUUCUGCGUUGGACGUUUUAUCGUCGGCAUAUCAAUUACGACAGGGUCUGCUUGUUCUCCCAACUACAUUUCUGAAGUAGCUCAUCCAAGACACCGCGUCUUCCUUACAGGUGUUUAUGGCUCCACAUGGUAUGUAGGGUCGCUCCUGGCAGCGUGCAUAACUUUCGGCAGCCAAUAUAUUCAGAGUACAUGGGCGUGGAGGCUGCCGUCUCUAUUGCAGUUUAUCCCAUCUAUUUUGUGUUUAGUACCACUUCCUUUCAUACCCGAGAGCCCGCGAUGGUUGAUAUACAAGGAUCGACACGAUGAAGCCAAGGAGGUUCUGAUCAAGUACCAUGGCAAUGGCGAUCCGAAUUCCACACUAGUAGCUUUAGAGUUUGAAGAAAUUCUGCAGACCCUUGAAUACGAAAAGUCGGUUCAGAAGACUUCGUUCAAGGCUCUUGUUGCCACCAGGGCAAAUAGAUGGAGAUUUGGCAUAGCUCUUGCCGUUGGCAUCUUUGGUCAAAUCUCGGGCAACAACAUCAUCUCGUAUUAUCUCGGAAGCGCACUCGAUAGUGCCGGCGUCACAGACGUGCCAUCGCAACUUGCUAUCAGCAUCGGGUUGAGCGUAUGGAAUCUUGUCUGUGCCAUGAUUGGCAGUGCAUACAUGGAUAAAGUUGGGCGAAGGCCUGCUUCCUUAUUUGUGUCUGGCUCUAUGGGUGUGUUGCUCCUAGUCAACGCCAUAAUCACGAGGUUUUACCUGGAUAGCCCAACGACCGCAUCCUCUGCUGGAUCGGUGCUGUUAAUCUUCCUAUUCUAUGGUUGCUAUUCUCUUGUAUGGACACCAUUGGCUUGGAUUUACCCUAUCGAAGUUUUGAGCUACUCUCUUCGUGCGAACGGUCUGGCAGCAUACAGUGGUGCUUUGUAUCUUGCUGCCUUCUUCAACACAUACGCUAUUCCAUAUGCAAUGGAAUGGUCCAGUUGGGGGUUCUAUCUGAUUACUGCGCUCUGGUGUCUAGUCGGAGAAGUUGCCAUUGUGUGGUUCUACUUUCCAGAGACGAAGGGAAUGACGCUGGAAGAGGUGGACAAGAUAUUUGAUGGUCAAACCCACUCU